GAUAGAUAGCAAGAGACAGUAAUGUAAUGAAUAUAAUUCAACCAACUUGACUUGAAGGCAGUUUCCCUUCUGUGAAGCCUUCAGCUUUUUCUUGCUUUUACUGAUAACAGGCUUUGCUUCAAUAGUACUCUUGAAAUGGCUAAGACCAAAAUCAAGAGCAGCCAUUAAUGAAAGCUUCAUGUUUCUCUAAGAAUCUGUUUGGUUCCAUAGAAUCCUCAGAAAAAUAAGAGAAAAAAGAACCAAAGCUCACUCUUCUUUCUUUCUCAAUAAGUCAAAGCCAUCAACUGCCAUUCUCUGGUUUGAUUAGACUUCAUCUUAUUCGACGGUUUGUUUUGUGUCUUAUCACUUCCAUUGCAGGGUCUGAAAUUAUUACAUGAUUUCCAAAACCAUGCAGAGUUAUGUAGGAAUUGUUGGAAAUGGUUUGUGGAAUAUUAGUAGUGUUAGCAUCUGACUCUGCUCUGCCAAUGUAUAUGAGAUCUCAAUCAAUAAGAUAUGCCUCAGGACAGUCUAAGCUCAAGAAUUUACAAAUCAUUUCUAACUUGUAACAAUCCGAAAGGCAUAGUAGAUAAGAGCACUGUCAGAAAAAAGAAAGUUGCCCCAUCAAAAAUGGAGAAACGGAUCAGAAGCCGGACAGAUAGGAAGAAGUUGUAUGAAUUUUCGGACUGUAAGUUACGAGGAGAGAAAACCACCACCAAAGAAGUAAGAGAUGAAUUCAGUAGUUCAUCCUCAUCUCAACUCAUGGAAGUGUCCAGAGGAGCUCAGAAGCUGAAUCGGACAAUCGAUUUGUGGUCUAAUGGAAUGAAAUAUGAUAGACAAUCUGACCAAAUUGCAAGAGAUUUGUUUGAAGGAGCUCUUGAUUUGCAACAGUCCUUGGUCAUUCUAGGGAAAUUGCAGGAAGUUUCAAGGUACAUGACUCAGAUGAAGAAAGAUGAACGGAUGGAAAGGAAAACAACUGGAAAUAUAGACAUGAAGAGAAUGUGCUUCAACCAAAAUGAAUUUCAGAAACCCCGGCUUUCGGCUGAUUAUUCUUAUGGAGAUGGUGCAGAGGAACUGAAGAAGAUGAUCCGAGAUCGCCUUGCAAGACAACUCCUCUUUCCGAAUACAACAAACAUGGCUGAAAGAAUCAGUUUUCCUGAAAGUAGUAUGGAAAGUUCAGCUUCAGAUUUCGCAUCCACGAGCUCUAGCCAAUCUUCAAUGAUGUACAACACUACUCCAAACCCAGCAAAGAAGGGUAAUGGCAAAAAUCUGAUUGCCAAGCUAAUGGGUCUAGAACCUCAAUCAAAGCAAAUGCAAGAAAAUCUACACAAACAGUUUCUUGAUGAGAGUAAUUCAGAUCGCCAGAGGCCCAAGUAUAGCAUGGAGAUGGCUGAGACAAAGAACCCGAAGUCUGCUACACGCAAGAUAGCACAGAGGACCUUGGAGUCAAAUCUUGACACCCAGCAAUCCAAAGGCAUAAAUAAACAUUCUGCAAAGGAAAUGAAUGACUAUUUCAAUUAUUCUAGCUACAUCCAUUCAAGAGAAGAGUUAACCCAUACUGCUCCGCCAAUUGUACUGCUAAAACCUGUGCGUGUUUCACAGGUUGAAUUGGAAGAACGUCAAGCACAAGUAUUUGAAGAAGAUGAAGCAUUUAACAAGAAAAAGUUCAUGAAACUGAAGAUGAAAGAGAAGUAUCAUCAGCAAAAGGAUGACAGUAAAGUAGAAGCUUUAAGUUCCAAAAAGGUGCUUGCGUCAAUAGGGGCUGAAGAGACUACAAUCUCAAGGAUUUAUCACAGAAAAGAAGCUCAGAACCCAAAUGAAGAUAAUUGGAAACCAAAAGAAUGUAUCAAUGUUAUCAAGCCCAAAAAAAGGAUUUCACAUAUUCUACUUGAUCAAAAUCUCCAGAAGAAAGAAGCAACUAAUAAGAAAGUUCUUGAAUCACAGAAAGAGAUUGUAGCUAGAAAAAAUCUACUUUCGCAAGCUAAGAUUGUGCCAAAAUUUCAAGAUCAAGUGCAGGGAUCCCUUAGCAAACUUCAACGCAGAUCAAAUGUCGUAGGGGAACCUAUCCUUCAGGACUCUACUCCUACAUCAGACACUGCCACCGAAUGCAGCCCAUUUAGCAUGAAUCAAACAAUUGUAGAAAAGGUCAUCAAUGAGGUUUCAGUAGAGAAACCAGCGGCCAUUAACUUUGGAGGCAAAAGCAAUGUUAAGAAGCCUGAUCAAACAUAUUCUCCAGCAUCUUUAUUAAAUAUGGAGGAAAAAGGCGGUAGCUCCAUAUAUCAAACAUGUGAUUACUGUAGCAAAAGCCAGAGUUCUCUCAUUCACUCAUGCCGCACACCAGAAAGCUCGAAGUACAUAGACCAUGAAAUAUCAGUUACCAAACCUGUAUCUAGCGCGAAAACUCCGAUUUCCAUCAGUCCGCCGCCUUCCAGCCACACGAAUGAGCUCUACCAUCUAAAUGCGAAUGGGAGUUCAAGAUUAUGGAUCUCGCCGGAGGAAUCGCCGUCGAAUACCUGUGACGUCGUGGAAUCUUUGAGAAAAUACAGAAAAAUCAAUGAAACAACAAACGGAGUUGUUGGUUUAAGCUGGCAGUGGCCGAUUCGAGAAUCGAUAAAGGAAGCAGAGGAAGUUGUGGAAGAUCUGGAGGAGAGAAUAUUAGUUGAAUUAAUUCAUGAGGUCUUUGCAUGAGCCUUUGUUUGUUCUUCAUCUGCCACUUUUUUUUUCUUUUUUUCUUUCCUUUUUUUCAAUUUUGAGAAAUUAUAUCAAUUUGUAUAAUAAAAUAUAGGUUUGAAUUCUUCUGAUUAAUAAUUACAUCAAAUUAAGGUUGAAGGUUCAACACUUGUACUAUUUUUUUUUCCCCUUCCCCACUCGAAUUUUCAACUGUUCUCUUUUGUA